AUGAUCAAAGUUGGUACUCAUGGACUGGCUUGCAAGGAAUUAGAUGACUUGAUUCCAUGUAGGGAAAUUGAUAAAGACUUUAAAGAUGUUAAUCAAUUAGCUCUGCCUAUUCCUAUGAAUAUAAUGAAUCCUAUUCCUAAACCAACAGAAGUUGAUUAUACUCCUAAACUUAUAGAAGAAUAUAUUUUAGAACCAGAACAGCAAAUUUUAAAGAUUGAACAAAAAGAACCCUCUAAAUAUCGUAUUAAAUUAGAAAUUUUACAGAGACCUGCUAAUUCAGAAUACGUUGGGACUCUUUAUGUGGAUAGUAAAUACAAAGAAGGUGAAAAUAAUGGAUCUUUAUGCAGUUUUACCCUAGGUUCAAAGGCUAAUGCUAGCAGGUAUAUUGAGCAGUUUACAGAUAUUUUUACUAAAGAAGGUCGAAAAUCAGUGAGAAUCACCCAUUCAGUUCCAGGACAGCCUACAAGGGAAACUUGUACUACUACUAUGCUUGAACUUGAACCUAAAAAUCACACUAAUUUAAGGAUACACAGUAGUGGAAAAGCAUUCAUGCAGAUUGGAGGCAAUUCAACUUUAGGAAAUCUAACACAAGGCUCUUUAAGAAAACACCCCAAAAUUCAAUUUCAAUUACAGCAAGGAACAGCAGUAAAAACUGUGAAUGCUGUUGGUACAGUUGAUGGAACAUCAUUAAGUUUAACAUCAAAUGUUAUGGCACGCAUAGCAAAAUCUGCUCUAUCCAGUAGCCAAGUAUCGAAUAAGAAUCUUAAUUCAAAAGAUAAAAUAGUUGCACGCAAAAUGACCAUUACUAGUUCAAAAAUCAGACCUGUUCUAUCAGGAAUAACUUGUUCCUCAAUGAAGAAACAUAUAACAUUACCCAACCAAAAGGUUCAGGAACCAGUAUUAAAUUUAACUGAUAUUGGAAAUUUACAUCAUGCAAUUAGUGUCAGUUCCUUAACACCAGCGAUGAACGUAACUAACCUGAAGGGAUUCAAAUCUGGCAUUUUAAGAAAUGUUCAUACUAUUCCUGCAAAUUUAGAAGGCUCUUCUACGAUACAAUCACCUGGAAUACCGACUGUGCAUGUAGUUUCUGGGCCAAAAGAAAAACAAAUAGUUUCAAAUGGUCAAAGCACUGUUUCUAGUUUAAGUUUAUCAUUACCUAGUCUCUCAGCACUCCUCGCAGAUUCAUCCUUGGCUACUUCUCAAAUUUCGUUGAAGAAAAACGGUCCUACUCUGGAUACUCCAUAA